AAACAGUAAACAACAAACAUCGAAUGCGGAAAAUUCAAAUCGAAACAUUUCAUUCUAGAUAUCAAUUUAUGGUUUCAUUUUUUAACAUGGAUCAACACAAAUGAAAAUGUUUCGAAUUUAUUUCUCUUCAAAUGUUGUUGUUGUUCAGAUUUUACUAAAUCAAGUGUAUUCUAACUAAAGUUCGGGAUUUAUGUGGACAUUUUUACGUUUGUUUUAAGAAAAAAGAAAUUGGUACUUAGAUAUUUUGCGUGUGUGUGUGACGGCUUCAAAAUGGGCACCGUACCCAAUACUACAAUACCUCAGAGCUCAACGUAUUAUGCCGGAUCAAGAAAUAGCAGCUAUAUCAUUCCAGGCGUUUAUGAUCUCAGUGUUGAGGACACCAAUUGGGUUCUAACAUCUUCUUUCAUCAUUUUCACUAUGCAAACAGGAUUUGGGAUGCUUGAAAGUGGAUGUGUAUCGGUUAAAAAUGAAGUAAACAUUAUGAUGAAAAAUAUUGUGGAUAUUGUACUCGGCGGAUUCACAUACUGGCUCUUCGGCUAUGGCAUGUCAUUCGGACGAGGACCUUUAACAAAUCCAUUCAUUGCAAUUGGAGAUUUUCUAUUAGAUCCUGGAGUUGGCGAUGCACUAAUGGGGCCGAUUUUCGCUGCAUUUCUAUUUCAAUUAUCGUUUGCAACAACUGCCACAACUAUUGUUUCUGGUGCAAUGGCUGAGAGAUGCAACUUCAAGGCUUAUUGUUUGUUUUCAUUCUUCAAUACGGUUGUCUAUUGCAUACCAGCCGGAUGGGUAUGGGGUGAACAUGGAUUCUUGAACAAUUUAGGCGCUGUUGAUAUUGCCGGCAGUGGGCCAGUUCAUUUAAUUGGUGGUUCAUCUGCUUUUGCAUCUGCAAUGAUGUUGGGACCACGAUUGGGUCGAUAUGCAGAAGGGAUAGAUCCAUUGCCACUUGGAAAUCCAGUCAAUGCUUGUAUGGGCUUAUUUGUUCUGUGGUGGGGCUGGUUGGCUUUUAAUUCGGGAUCAACAUAUGGUGUUAGUGGCGCAAAAUGGCAAUACGCUGCUAGGGCAGCAGUCAUGACCAUGAUGGGAUCUUUUGGCGGUGGCUGCUUUUGUUUAAUUUACUCAAUGGUUCGAAAUGAAGGACGCGUCGAUAUGAUCGAUUUAAUAAAUGGAAUUUUGGGUUCUUUGGUUUCAAUAACAGCGGGUUGCUUUUUGUAUCGUGCUUGGGAAGCAAUGUUAAUUGGUGCGAUCGGGGCGAUUUUGACAUGCGUUUCAAUGCCAAUAUUCGAUAAAUGGUCUGUUGACGAUCCGGUUGGUGCAAGUGCCGUGCAUGGUGUUUGUGGCAUUUGGGGUGUUGUUGCUGUCGGUUUGUUUGCUGAUAAUCCAAUUCCAUUGGAUACGACCAACGGGCGAAUGGGUUUUUUCAAAAGCGGUGAUUUUUACUUACUCGGCGUUCAAGCAUUGUCAGCACUUUGUUUGACGUGUUGGGGAAUUUGUUCGACAUUCUUUCUGCUGUACAUAAUCAAUAUUUUAAUACCGAUUCGUAUGGAUCCCAAUGAAGAAUUGGUUGGUGCUGAUUUGAUGGAGCAUCGCAUAAGGCACUCGAAAAUCGGAAUAUCACGUGCAAUUUCAGCGUUAUCGCCGUUACGUGUGAAUCUGGAUGACAUUUCAAGUGUACCACCAAUUGGAAUGAAUCCCGGACAUGAAGGCAUCGUCGAUGAAUUGCAAGCGGCGAGUGAAAAGAUGAAAAAAUGGAAUGAUUACUAUGAAAGUAUGGAUCCAAGAAAUAGAAAACCGCGCGAAAAUAAACCGAUUGAUGUUACGCGAGCGGCAUCGGUGAAAUACUUUUCGGUGUAUCCGCGAAAAGCGGCUGCCGAGCAACAAGCUGCUUCGGGUCAUGUUACUCCCAUUGGGCAUGUAAUGCAAGAGCAAAAAUCGAAGGCAAAAAAACCAACGGCUGAAACCAGCUUUCAAGGUGAACGCUACACUAGACGACCAAACGAGUUUGGAGCCGAUGCAAAUCGUACAGAUGGUGGCCACAUCAAUUUUGCUUGGGUUGAUUAGCUUUAAUUUGAAGCUUUUCUUUGUUUUCAACAUAAAUAUAGCAACAGUGGCAAACAUAGUUGUGUUUUACAAUAAUAAAAUGAAAUUCUU